AUGCUAGGAAUAAACGUUACUCUUUUGCCACCACCUCCAGAUGGAGGGUAUGGAUGGGUAGUUGUCCUUGCAGCUUUUUUACACAGCUUUUUCAUCGAUGGUAUUGCGAAUUCGUUCAGUGUUUUUCUCCCCAUUUUUCGUAGUCACUUCCACUCCUCUGUGGCGCUCACCUCAUUUAUUGGAUCUGCCCUCAUUGGUUGUUACCAUUUAGUAGGUCCAGUAGUAGGUGGAUUUGUAAAUGCUUUUGGCUGUCGAAGAGUGGUCAUUGUUGGCGCCGUAAUAUCUUCUGCGGCUUUUGUAUUAUCAGUUCACUCACCCUCAAUAUACUUCUUUAUGGUCUCCUACGGCAUUCUAGGCGGCAUUGGAUUUGGUUUGAUUUAUUUGCCUUCAAUUGUGUGUCUCAGCUUUUAUUUCGAACGGAAAAGAGCGGUGGCCACUGGACUUGCUGUUGCAGGGACAGGAGUGGGUACUUUUGUGAUGCCUGUGGUAAUAAACACCCCGACUUUAUGUACCAUUUAUUUUCUUGGUGGCCUAUCUUUCAGCUGCCUAUUUUACGGACUCUUAUAUCGACCUUUAAAAAUAAAGGCUCUUGAGAAAGACCAAAAAAUUGAGGAAGUGGUAAGUUACAGUGAUUUUUUAUGUUUUUUCUUUUAUCUUUUUAAAAGAAUUAGAAGUAGUGAUGACAUUGGUAAGUUUCAACCUGAGUCUGAUUAUAGACAUGAUCGGAGCGAUGUGAAGAGUCGCGUCUCAUUUAGAAGUUAUACUCGCUCGCUUGGCCGUUCGUCGCAACAUCCGCAGGAAACUCGUUCGCUAUUUUCUGCACCUGUUAGUCGUUCCCUACUGUUAUAUCUUCGCUGCUUAUUUCACUUUUUUAAAUUUUUCUUGAUUUCUGGGAAUGGAUUUCAAAAUGCCAUUGAUUUGGAGGAGCUGUGCAGGCCACUUAGCCACAGUGAUAUAUUUUACCAGGGCUCUAUCCGUAGGCUUCCCGAAUUUUUAGCUGGUAGCGUCCGGGGUUAUAGAGCGUCUCAGAUUUCCAUUCCGAAAGACUUUGCUGUGCAAAGCAUACGUCAUCUGUCAUCUGCAGAGGGGAAAAAGUGCUUGACUUGCGGCACUUUGGAAGUCACUAUUAAGGAACAGGUAUUCAAACUGCUUCCUUUACCAAUAAAAAGUGCUUUGGAAAUGAUGGACUUCAGUUUAGCAAAGGAGCCAGUCAUGAUUAUUUUGUUGCUCUCUAAUCUUUUUGGCAUGCUAGCUUUCUAUAUACCUUUCAUGUUUAUAACACAUUUAGCCGUAAUGAGAGCAAUUUCGCUGGACUAUGCUGAACUGCUUCUUCCACUUAUUGGUCUGAGCAACACCUUAGGUCGUGUAGUUUUUGGAUGGUUGGCGGAUCGCGGUUGGAUGUCUCCAUUGGUGAUCUAUUCAGCAAGUCUCUGCAUUUGUGGAGUGCUGUGUGUCGCAUGUCCUUCCUUACCAACUUUCAUAGCAAUAGUGAGGUUUUUAGCUUCCUUCUCUUGCCUACCAUCAAUAAUCCUUGCGCACCUUUUGGGUAUAAAACGCCUAACAAGUUCAUUUGGACUUUUAAUUGUGAGUAGAGGAAUUGCUGCUUUGAUUGGUACGCCUAUUGGAGGUCUCAUCUAUGAUUGUACUGGGUCUUACAACGCUACGUUUUACUUUGGCGGAUGUUUGUUCCUUCUAUCGGGACUCGCUCCGUGUAUGAUACCUUUCGUGCCGCAGAAAGCGAUAAUCGAAGCAGAGAAGCCUAAAGAGAACGUUGCGAGGUCGAAUUAUGAGAAUAUUGGAAUUUUAUGA